AUGCCCUUAACAACAACAACAACCUUUGAAUCCCUACCUUGUUCGUCCCCCCCCCCUCCCCACCUCCAAUCUAACAGUCGAAAAAACAGACAUAGACCCCCCCCCCCCCCCACCGCCCUCACCAGCGCCCGCGAAUUAAUAUCCUCCUCCCUCCCCAUACCUCUCCCAACCCACCCACGUCUCCCCCCCUGCCCCUUACUAAACGGCUUCGACCCCUCCUCCCGCGCUCCGAAGAAGCUAAAAGCGAUUAACACGACCCCCUACGAAUCUCUCGAUACGCCCUCUCCAGACACCUCGGUGGAAGCGAUCGAAAACGCCCUGAGACUCUCGGGGAUAACUUGUACGUAUCUUCGACUCCGGGUGCGGCGGCUGCAAAACCUCGAGAAUGGUGCAAAAGCAAAGGAGGAGUGGCUUGCUGCAAACUCGCACACUGCGGGGGUGUUGCGGGGUGUGGAGAAGGAGCUGGCAGAGGAGAAGGAGGCCAUCGACCUGGUCGUCGCGGAGAGGAGGGAUACGCAGGACCGUGUUGCGGCGGAGUUGCAGGUUCUUGAAUGCUCAUGGAGAGCGGGUGUGGCGAGGGUGUUGGAGACUGCCGUGGCGGCUGAGGGGUUGAGGAGGGAGAGGCUUGCGGUUGAGGGGGCGUAGAGGCGCGAAGAUGGGGG